AUUUUCUAUCGAAUUGUCUCUCUAGGGCGGCUGCUGGCAAAAAUAAGAAAUAAACAUGUCUGGAAACCAAAACGGCGAAAACGUUCAACAGAAAAAAGAGAAAAUGUGUUCGAUCGGAGAAACCAUUUACACAUGGACCCAGAACAAGCACGCCACCACUUAUGUCGGAACAUACACUAAAGCUUUCUUCUCAGGCGAAGUUUGUCGCGAAAUCAGAGAGCAUGACGAGUUUCUCGGGAUGAAAUGUUUGACGAAAAAGUGCGACUCGGUCAAGUCACCAAGCCGACAGAUUUCAAACUCAAAGUUCAUGAUGGAGAAGAUCGUAAGAAUCAGCCGAAUUCAAGCGGAAGUGGAGAAAUGCAUUUUGAUAGACCUUAAAACUAUCUUUUGCAAGUCAUGUUGUAAAUUUUUUUAAAAUUCUAAUGCUCUACUGAAAACUUUGAUUCUACCAAUAAUAAACCCUAUA